AUGAUAAAAUAUUUAAUUAUUUCUACUCUAGUCUUAAGUUGUUUUACUAUUGAUUUGGAUCCAAAUACAUUUAGUAAUUAUUUAGAGGUGAGAAUUAGUCAUUUACAUUUGGAAUGGUUAUUAGAUUUAGAUAAUAAGUUAGUGAAUGGGACAGCAGAAUAUCAAUUAAAAGUGUUAAAGAAUGUAGAUCAUGUAUAACUAAAUAUUAUAAAACAAGAUUGAUUUGGAUAUCUAUUUGCUAGAUAUUUUUAAUGUCUAUCUAUUAAAUGGAAAUUCUCUUGAAUUUUAAAUACAAGUUGUUUAAAAUUAAACUCUUGUGUAAGGAGAUAAACUAAUUAUAAAACUUGAUCGUUAAUAUAGAGCCUUAGAAAAUUUGAUAAUUAGAAUAAAAUAUGCAUAUACAGAAAAGGCAAGAGCUGCAGGUUUUUUAACAAAAGAAUAAACUUAAAGUAAGAAGGUUCCUUAUAUGUUUUCAUAAUGUGAAGCAAUAAAAUGUAGAUCAUUAAUGCCUCUCUAAGACACACCUAGCGUUAAGUUUACCUAUUCUUCAACAGUUUUAAGUAAAGACCCUCUCAUUAAAGUGUUUAUGACAGGACACUAGGUAGAUUCUUUGUAAUUGAUAGAGCAUUAUGAAGAAACAAAAUUAUACUAAUAUUCUUUUAAAUUAGAUAUUCCUAUUCCUGCAUAUUUGAUAGGAAUAGUUGCAGGAGAAGUUGAAUAAAAGAAUGUAGGAGGAAAUUGUUAUGUUAUUUCUGAACCUUAUUUUUUAGAUGAUUACACUCGAGAAUUAGAAGAACUUCCUUUGUUUCUUCAAAAAAUGUCUGAAUAUAUAGGUCCAUAUAUUUGGGGUGAGUAUAAAAUAGUAAUUCUGCCAUAAUCUUGCCCUUUUGGAGGAAUGGAACAUCCAUUAUUAACAUUUGCAAGUCCUAUGAUGAUUGUAGGAGAUAAAAGUGGUGUUGGAAUAGCAAUACAUGAAAUUGCUCAUUCUUGGAUGGGUAAUACUGUAACUGGUAAUAAUUGGUCAAAUUUAUGGAUAAUGGAGAGCUUAUGUGUAUUUUUAGAGAGGAAGACUUAUUAAUUUGUAAGACCAAAAGAUUAUGAUGUUAUUGAAGCAAUAAAUGGAAAUAUAGAUAUGAUUGAAGACAUUGAAAGUUUUGUUGAUCCAGAAAAAAUAACCUAUAAAUCUUUGCAUCCAAAUACUGCUUGGAAAAACCCUAAUGAUUCUUUCUCUUUGGUUCCUUAUGAAAAAGGAUAUUAAUUGCUCUACUAUCUUGAAUAACUUAUAGGAGAAGAAAAUUUUAAAUAAUUUCUUAGAUCUUAUUUAGAUAACUUUAAAUUUUAAAGUAUAGACGAAGAUGACUUUUACAAAUAUCUACUAAGAUGGGUCAGAUUAAAUAUAUAAAACAAUCAGUAAAUGAUCAUUAAUGAGAUCAUUCUUAUAUAUAAACCUUGGGUGUAUGACUAGGGUAUUAUAUAGAUAUAAUUUAGGAUUACCACCAAGAUAAUUCAAUUAAACUACACCAAAAUAUGAAUAGGCAAUAUUAUUAGCAAAUGCAUGGAUAUAAACCAAUGAGUAACCCUAAAAUGCUAAUGAAUACAAAGAAUAUAUGCCAAAUUAAUAAACUAUAUUUAUGUAGUAGAUUAUGGCUAAUUGGAAUAAGUUAACCAAAUCAAAAAUUUAAUCUCUAGAUGACUUUUAUAAGUUUUCAGGAGCAAAGUAAGGAGUAUAGAUUGGAUUUAAAUGGUAUCGAACUAUUGUACUUUGUUAAUAUGAGGAAUCAUUUUGGGCAGUUAGAUAAUUUUUAUAAAGUAUUGGAGUUAGAUCUUAUAUUGUUGGAAUUUAUGAAGUUUUGAUAUAAAAUUAUUUGUAAUUUCUCAUAAUAUUAUUUAAGAGAUUUAGCAAAGUAAUGGUUUGAAGAAGAUAAAUAUUUAUAUCAUCCUUUAGUUUCAAAUAAAGUAUAGGAUAUGCUUAACAAAGCAAGUAUAAUUGAGUUAAUUUGA